AGGGUAGUGUACUGGUAUUUGUUACGCGGAAGACACACAGCGAGGAGGUGGCACGCAAACUGAAAAUGCGUGAUCUCAAGGUCCUACUAAUUCACGGUGAUAUGCAUCAGUCCGAACGAAACUCCGUGAUUCAUUCGUUCAAGCGUCAAGAAGCACCUAUUCUAGUUGCCACAGACGUCGCUU